AUGUCCAAUUAUGUUAAAACACUCAUCAAUAAACUCGGGUUUUAUCAAACGAAAGGGAAACACAAGGUGACUGCAGAUUACGCCGAGUCUUCAAAAAGAAAAGAAAAUAUUAUGACCUCACAACAGGAACCCCAACAACAGCCACGGGUACAAAGUUUCGAAGGACAUCGUUUUAGUGGACAAGAUGGUGGUGUCAAUAUAGAAGCUAAUCUACAACAGCUUAUAAAUGAGCGUAAUCUAUUACGGUCACAGAACGAUCAACUGUGGAAAAUCAUAGAGAGGCAAAAGACAGUUAUAACUAAUCUACAAAAGGAUAACCAAAAGUUGGGUUACGAGAGAGAUAGACUUAUUACGAGAUUAAGAGAAUUGGAUAGCGGUUUCAAUCGUUUAGAGGAUGGCUCCACGUCCGUUAGGGGGGGAAGCAUAGAUGGUAAAACUGUCACAGAUAGUGCUAUCCUGGUUCAACAAUUAGGAAUUGAUACUGCUAGAGUACCACCAGAAAUCGGGAAUUCAAUUAAUCAAUCAAAACCUUCAUCACAACAAAAGCCCAUCCGGACACAAGAACCAAAGCGAACACCUUUAAUAUCGGAAGCCGAGUCAUUAACUUCAAAACAAUCUUCCUUGGUAACAAGACAGCCAAACCAAGAAGCAUUACAACAAGAAACCACCGUUUCUUCAACAGUGACUUAUGACGAACCUGAUAUACAAUAUCUUCCACCUGUAGUCGUCAGUGAACCUUCUCCUGUGAAAUUAAAUGAUUCAUCAGUUGAUAAUAGCGUAUCCCAAGCUCAUGAUUUGGAACAAACUUCUCAAACACUCAAGAAACGUCAAGGUUCCCAACCGUCUUUACAAGAUCCUCCCUCACCAUCAAUGUCGAUUAAUUCUUUAGAAUCUGGAAGUAUUAGCAGCAAUGGAAUUAGCCAGCACAGACGUCAAAGUACUCCACAAACUAUUGACACAGGGUUGGACUCACCAACAAUAAUCAGGCGUAAUUCUGAAACUAAUAAUUCUAUCUCAUUACCUAACUCGCCUCGCAAAUUCCCUUCGCCUCUUGAACCAAUAUCAAAAACGUCUUUUCCGCCGCGUUCACCUGGUUUACCAUCAUCUCCUAAAGCUUUUUUACAUGGCAUUGAUCUGACAAAAUUAUCUCAACGGGAUAGUGAAGAACAAUUAAAAGAUUCACAUAGUCAAGUUGUGAAUGUCAAUACGGAUUCUCUGAAUGCGAGUGACCAAUCAUCGGAGAAAUCAUAUCCUGUUAGGUCACAGUCAUAUCCCCAGAAUAAUGAGAAGUCGUCAUCGGUUCUUGGCAAUGAUUCCAUGGAUAAUUUAAAACCCCAAAGAGAUUCUAUAACACAUAAUCUUAGCGACCCCAGCCUUGGUAAUACUUUCUUGGGGUCAGAUACCAUCCCAAAAGAGAAAUCUCUGAGAACGAGUAAAUCUUUUGGUCAUAUUCCUCAGAGUUCACAAACAUCUAUUUCUGUAACUCCGUCAGAAAACCGUGAUUCUGCCCUAGGUAAUAAUACAUUGUUUAUUCCUGGAAAUCAAGGAAAACGCCAUAGUGUUUUCAUGCAGCCUAGCAGAAGUCAAGUAGAUAGUCCUGCUGUCGAACAUGUAUCACAACACAUAAAAAACAAAGGAUCUUUUUCUGAUGCUAGUGUGGUUACAGAUCCAUCAUACGGCCAAAUUUCGCAACAUCAAACCUCACAAUCACAGCAAUCUAACUCAGCUUCACAGCAAUCUAACUCAGCGUCACAGCAAUCACAAUCACCACCUCCUUCAAAGAUGCCUUCGAAAAUAUCCUCUGAAACUAUUUCUGGUAUCGCAGUUAAGGUUAUCGGUAGUAAUAAAAAGAUAAAUGAUAAAGGAAAGGAGGUUUUGACAUUCAUCUUAUCUGUUGGGCAAGCCAGAGUCGUCGAUGGUACCAUAGUUGGAAUGGAAAAAGAGCUAUGGAGGGUCGAGAAAUUUUAUUCUGAUUUCCUUGCUUUGGACGGAAAAUUAAAACAACAAAGCAAAAGAGUCGCAAAUAUGAUGAAAAAAUUGCCCGACAAGAACUUACUUUAUAACAACGCACCAAGCAAGGUUGAUCAACGAAAGACUGCUCUUGAACAAUAUCUCCAACACAUAAUAUCGCUACCACUGAAGGAUUCCAAAGAUUUAUGUGAGUUUCUUAGUGCAAAUGUCAUUGAACAAGAUAGUAAAGAUCUUCAGCAACCUGGUUUCAAAGAGGGCUAUCUUACAAAGAAGGGAAAGAACUUUGGCGGUUGGAAGACGAGAUUUUUUGUAUUGGAUUCACCAGUUUUGAAAUAUUAUGAAAGCAAAGAUGGAAAUCACCUCGGGUCUAUUCGUUUGACUCACGCCCAAAUUGGUCGACAACAAAGUAAUACUGCGAAUGAUUCGGAGAAAGAUAAUGAAAAUUCUUACAGACAUGCAUUCCUAAUUUUGGAACCGAAGCCUGGUUCUAAAACCCAAAAUACACGUCAUGUAUUAUGUGCUGAAAGUGAUGCAGAAAGAGAUGAAUGGGUGGAAGCAUUGUUACAAUACGUAGGCGUUGCUGAAGAGAGCAGUAAACAAAAGAAAGACAAAAAGAAAACCAAUACACAAACCGUCUCUGAGCAAAGUUCGAGGGAAAAUAGUUUAAAGAACGAUUCUCGUCACGAAAGAAAAAAAGGCAAUAACGAUUCAAUAUCAAGUACGAAUUCGAGCAUGCUUUCUGUCAGCAAUCACAAUGUUGGCGCGUUAAAUGGUCGAGAAGAUAUUGAUCGUCCAAUAAUUCGUAACGGAACUCCUGAACUUCGGGAACCUUUACUGGUUUCUUCGGUUGUUAGUUCAUCGUCACAAAGUUCCCGGGAUGCACAAUCACAUGGUCAAUUGAAUGUUAGACGUGACCGAUUACAGGAGGAUGAUCAACCAUCAUCAGAAAAAAAGAAAAAUUCACGAAAAACUUUCUUUGGAAACAUGUUUAGCAGUAAUAGGGAUGAAAAAAAGCGAUAUCAUGAUGCACGACCUGACACUUCACGAAUUGUUUUUGGUGUUCCUUUGGACCAAGCUAUUUCCGUGGUGCGAAUAAAAGAAGGAUAUGAGCUUCCUGCUGUAGUUUAUCGAUGUAUAGAGUAUUUGGACGCAAAGAAUGCUUCUGAAGAAGAAGGCAUCUAUCGUUUAAAUGGUGCAACUGCUACAAUUAAGUCAUUAAAAGAUAGGUUUAAUACCGAGGGAGAUGUCGACUUGGUGAGUGAAGGAGGAUACGACGUACAUGCAGUAGCUGGUCUACUGAAACUCUAUUUAAGAGAACUACCUACCAGUGUACUUACUCGUGAGUUACAUAUGGAGUUUUUAAACGUUAUUGACCUACUUGAUCGACGAGAUCGGGUUAAUGAACUUGGUCGCCUAGUAUCCACUCUCCCUUUACCAAAUUACACAUUGUUACGAACAUUGGCAAGGCAUCUGAUUCAAAUUGUUCAAAAAUCAGAUAUCAACAAGAUGACCGUACGCAAUAUAGGGAUCGUAUUUGCUCCCUCAUUAGGCAUUCCCGCUGGUGUUUUCACCCUUCUCAUGGCUGAAUUCGAUUACAUUUUUUUCACCGACAGUGAUGGUUCCGCAGCACCAAAGACAUUGGAAGAAGCACCCAAGGGCCCAGAGAAUCAACACUCAACAAGUGAUCUUACCCUUAAUUCAAAAAACCCAACUCCUGAUACAGAAAGUUCCCAGAAAAUAAGGGAUGAUCCUGAAGGCGAUUCUACUUUGUCACCGACCGCUGCUUUUCGUCGUAGGGAUAUAAGAAAUGAGCUUAAUGGCAGGAGCAACCGAAAUAGUGUACAUUAUAUGGAUAGUGCGCCGGAAAUUGUUGUUGGUUUAGAACGGAAACUCACAGCAAGUAAAUCAACGUUUAGUCGAAAUGAUUCUUCGGAUGACGAAGUCAACGAUCUUGCCCUUCAAAUCGAAGAUGAUGUGGAAAGUAUAUCGUCUGUUUCCGCUGACGAUCUCAAUACUUUAUCACCACCAAUUUCUGUACCAGCUUCACCCCGAAGCAUACCAGCACCACCUCCACGAUCAAAUUCUUUGUUAGAGGAUGGGAAGUCAGAGUCAGAGCCACAAAGUUCAUUGGUAGACCGUUAG